AUGGUUGCGCCGUCAGCCUUUCCCCCAUCUGCAGGCUCCACCGACUGCGACGACACCCGCCCGAGCUCCGCCCCGCCUGUGCCCUCCGCCGGCCGCGCGGCGCGGCCCGCAGAGCGCCGCAAUGCAGGAACGCCGCCGAUUCGGCCGGGGUUCGCUACGCUCGUGUGCUGGGGGCCCGUACGCUCCUGCUGUGAUCCAAGAAUCCAACUGUGCCGUCAUUCCCGGUUCGUCGUCAGCCCCGUCGCGCUCCGUUCAGGGUUCGUGUAUUGGCCGGCGACGCACUCCCUCAAAGCUCCGGCACCGCUGCUCUUCUGCACAGAACCAUCUAUCUUCAUAGGCGCUGCUCACAAGAUACUUUGUGAAGCUUUCUUGAAGGAGCUGAAAUCAGUUGCCCAUUGA